AUGAGGCAGUUCUUUUUGUUUACUAUACUGGCAUUGCUUGUAGAACCCGGAUCUCUUGACCCAGUUCUUCAUAAAGAAUGGAAAGAUUAUAAGGUGCAGCAUGGAAAGAAAUACGAGGACCCAACUGAGGAAAGCAUGCGCUUGAAAUUGUUUCAGGAGAAUAGGAUGCUCAUUGAUAAACACAAUCAGCGAUUUGAGAAAGGUAUGGAGACCUUCAAGCUGGCUGUAAACCAGUUUACCGAUUUAUUGAACACUGAGCUCAAACAGAUAACGAUGGAUUUUAACUACAACCAGAAAAAGCAGAUUCGGUAAGCGAGGUUUAUUGGGUCAACCUUUAUCUCGCCGGCAUACUCGACCUUGCCCAAAUCGGUGGACUGGAGAUCGGCUGGAGCAGUGACCCCGGUGAAACACCAGGGCUACACGUGUUCCAGUUGCUGGGCCUUUGCCACCACAGCAGCCCUGGAAAGUCAAAACUUUUGGAAGACUGGAAAGCUAAUCCCGUUAUCCGAACAACAGCUGAUAGAUUGCUCUGUAAGCUAUGGAAACGAUGGAUGCAAUGGCGGUACGAUGGAAAAAGCUAUGUCCUACUUGCAGGACAGUGGAGGAAUAUCUACUGAGGAGUCAUAUCCUUAUAAAGGAGUCGACGGCAAUUGUCAGUUUAACAGCUCUACGUUAGGGGCCACAAGCAGUGGAUUCGUGGAAAUACCAAAUGGAGACGAGCAGAAACUGGCGGAGGCUGUUGCCUUUUUUGGACCUGUAUACGCGACCCUUGAUUCCUCGCAGAAAUCCUUUCAUUUAUACUCAACGGGAACUUAUUACGAUCCCGCUUGCACUCAAAAUAAGCACAACCAUGCUGCAUUGAUCGUUGGGUUCGGGACUGAUGAACUUGGCCACGACUUCUGGCUGGUUAAGAACUCCUGGGGAACCGAUUGGGGAUUGGAGGGAUAUUUCAAAAUGCGGCGAAAUGCAAAUAACCACUGCGGCAUCGCCAGCAAUGCCAUUUACCCUCUUGUUUAG